GACAUUUUUAAAAGUUUCUUAAUAUAUUUUUAAUAUAUACAAUAACACGGUAUUAAUUUUAUUCUGUAGGGUUUUUUUUUUUUUAACGCUUAAAUUGAAACACAGACUUUUUUUAUAGUUAGUUUAUUAAGUAUACCGAUAGUAAAAGAGAAAAAUGUUGCCACUAAAUUUUUCAAACGAUUCAAACUAAAUUAUUCUAUACAGAGAUUUAACAAAACAAAUGUUAAAGCAUAGAUUAAAACUCUAAAACUGUCAACCAUGUGCUCUGUACAGACUUUGGAAAUUACAUAAUCAUAUUACCAGAGAAAUGGUGCGAUAAUUCACAAAGUUUGCACAACUGUCUCUAAACAUUACCUACCGUCCAGGGGUCAAAUGGCUAACUCUGUCUCUUUCCAAACAUGGUUUGUUCUAGUCUGUUCUCAUUCCUUCUCCUGACUUCAGAAGAAUUCAGCAGCUUGUACAACCUCCCUGACAACAGUGGUUGUUCGUGAAGGUUUUUUUUCCUCGAAGGCAUGCCGGAUUUGUUAUUCGGCUGUAUUUCACUUGAGACCGUAAUGGACCUUCAGGAAUACUUCAGAAGGAUCGGGUUCGGCGGGACGUACGAGAAACCCGAUCUGGCCACGCUCCGCACCGUCCACGAGCUGCACGUGAUGAGCGUUCCCUUCGAGAACCUCAGCAUCCACUGUGGAGAGAGGAACACCAUGGACCUGCAGAUCAUUUAUGAGAAGAUUGUGAGAAACCGUCGUGGAGGAUGGUGCUGUGAAAACAAUCAGCUCUUCUCCUGGGUGCUGAGAGAGAUGGGCUACAAAUACACCACGCUGGGCUGCAAAGUCUUCAACACGCUCAAAAAUGACUUCAACCCUUUCAAUUCACACCUCAUUAACAUGGUGGAGAUCGAAGGCAAGCCGUACAUCGCAGACGUGAGUUUUGGAGUGUCCUGCCAAAUCUGGUACCCGUUAGAAAUGAUCGCAGGGAAAGAUCAAGAGCAGCCGGCGGGGAUUUUCUGUCUAUUGAAUGAUGGUGAAACUUGGACGCUGCAGAAGACUGGAAGGAAGCCGCUGGUCCAGAAUGAAGCCUUCACCAAUUCCAGCCUCAUUGACAAGCGUGUCACGAAGACAAUGUACUCUUUUUUGUUAAUACAACGUGAGAUUGACCAUUUUCUGAACACAAGUGAGUACCUACAGACCAGCCCCGAGUCUCUGUUCACCCAGAAAUCCAUUUGUUCCCUCCAGACCCCCACUGGAUUCAGAACUCUGAUUGGUUGGACCUUCAGUGAAGUCACAUUUAUCCCUGAGGAAGACACGGACAUCAUCGAGAUGAGAGAUGUAGCUGACAGCGAGAUAGAGACUAUACUCAAGGAAAAGUUUAACAUCGUUUUAGUUAAUAAACUGACACCAAUAAACAACAAAGCUGCAUUUAAAAUGUAGGACAUGGUGUGUACACAAUGUGCAGAUUUUUAUCACGUAUCUCUAAUGAUCUAGUUGUUCCAGAUGUUGUGCAAUAUGAAAUAAGUAGGAAUAAAUUUUAUUUUAAGUUGUAGCAACCAGAAAAAUCUACAGAGAUCACUGAGGUGACAUCACGGUUGUUCUUUUUUUUUUUUUUAAAUGAGGAUUAGCCACAAAUUAAUACAAUAAGGCCAUAACACGUUAAAGUCAAAGAUUAAUAUUUUGAGGCAGUGCCAAAUAUCUCGUUGCCAAAUAUCUUAUGGGAAUGUCAUACUGAAUAUGUGGCCUCAUAUCAUCUUUAUGCAUCGUUGCAAGACUGAAAUAAAGUAUAAUAUUACCGUACAUCUCUAUGCUUAUGUUCCUGUGUCCAAAAUUCUAUUGAUUUCUUUCUCGCACUCAUUUAAAAAUGCAAUAGGUGUCACAAGUUAAUUACUUCAUGGCCAUUAAAUGGAUCUCGAGAAGCUUAACUUUUGGCCUCAAUGUAUUAAUUAAUGACCACACUUUAUUAAAAAAAAAUAACCACCAUGUCACGUCAGCCGCUGCAUAGAAUUCAGCUGAAUUUACUACUAUUUAACUGCUGAUUCGUUUAUUGGAAUUUCACAGUUGUUUACAUAAAUUAUAGCCUAAUCACACCAAAGGUUCAAACAAACAAUUAGU